AUGGUUUAUCAAGAGGAUUUCGGAGUCGAGCGAUGGAUGGAUGCCUAUGAGACAAAGGUGAAACUGAAUAUUUCAGAAACCUGUUGUGCAUCACUUUCAAUUGAGCAACUUGAGACGAUACUUGACAAGCCAUUCCCAGUCCAAAAUCUCUUGUCAAAGCGACUGGUAUAUGGAGAUAUUCCAGGUUCUUUGGAUGUUAGAAAUACCAUUGCAGAGUUAUACAAUGAGACAUCAAUAGGGGAUAUCAAAAUAAAUGCUGAUGACAUUCUUGCAACCAAUGGAGCUAUUGGUGCUAAUUUUCUCCUUUACUACUCACUGGUUGGACCAGGCGACCAUGUUAUCUGCGUUGAUCCUGUGUACCAGCAGCUGAAAUCAGUUCCAGCAGUAUUUGGCGGAGAGGUCGAAUUGUUGAAAUUGAGACAGGAGAACGAUUUUCUGCCUGACCUUGAUGAGCUCCAUAAGAUGGUUCGUCCUGGAAAGACCAAAAUCAUCAAUAUCAACUCUCCGCACAACCCAUCGGGAUCAGUUAUUAGCGAUCCACUUCUCAAGAAAAUUGUGGACAUUGCGCGUGAAGCUGGGGCAUAUCUAAUUUGUGACGAGGUGUACCGCCCACUGUUCCACAGCCUUCCUAAGGGAGUCGAAGCACCAAGUUCUGUAGUUAGUCUCUACGAGAAAGGGAUUUCCACAGGAAGUACAUCGAAAGCAUUCGCUCUUGCUGGACUUCGAUUCGGAUGGAUUGUGACCUCUGACAAGUCCGUUAUCACGGAAUGUAUGAAGAGACGUGAUUAUUCAACUAUCUCUGUGUCAAUGAUCGAUGAUAUUGUAGCUACUUGGGCACUCACCGGAAGGCACAAGCUUCUCGAGCACAAUAUUCAGCUUUGUAAAACGAAUCUCGAAAUUGUGGAUCAGUUCAUCAAAGAUUGUGAAGGAGCUGUUUCAUGGUACCGCCCUCAAGCGGGAACUACUAUGUUCCUCAAGAUUCAUGGUGUGACCAAUACUGAGCAGUUUUGCAAAGACUUCAUAAGUGAAUACAGCACGCUUCUAGUUCCCGGCGAGACAUUUGAUUCUCCUGGCUACGUUCGCAUUGGAUUUGCCAAUGCUACUGAGGACCUGAAACAGGGACUUGACAACCUCCAAAAGUUCAUUAAAACUUAUAGAAAGUAG